AAAUUCGAUUUCAGUCAAGGAUCGAUUGUUAAAAAUACAUACCAGAUCAACCGGAAUGAUUACUCUUAACACCCUUUUUCAUCAGCUGAAAGAAAAUCCUGUAAACUGGGCGUUACUUGCGGUACUCGCAUAUGUUGUUCGCUCAUAUGUUUCCUCCGCCAAAGCUAUCACAGUCUCUCCCAAGCAUCCUGAAGUCAUGCUAUUUAAAACCUACAAUCCAAAGGAACUAAGAGCCUUCGACGGAAACGCUGAUAACGGUCGUAUCCUUAUGGCUGUCAAUGGAAGUGUCUACGAUGUUACUCGAGGUCGCAACUUCUACGGCCCAGGUGGCCCAUAUGGCAAUUUUGCAGGCAGAGAUGCAUCACGCGGACUAGCUAAGAACUCUUUCGACAUGGACAUGUUGACUGACGACGAUAAGCCAAUCGACAAACUGGAAGAUUUGAACAAAGAUGAAUGGGAUUCACUAAGAGAAUGGGAACAACAUUUUGCAAAUAAGUAUCUUCUUGUCGGUACCCUUGUAGAGAAUCCUUAAGCCAGCACAAUAAAAUAUUGUAUAUCAUUUCUUGACGGAAGACAAAACGCCC